CAAUUAUUUUUGUGGGUACUAUUAUUCGUAUGCUAGAUGCGAAAAGAUUAGAAUAAUUCUGAGAUGUCCAAAUGCGAAAAUUCUGAAAUAAAACGUGUCAAUAAACAAUUAAUUUUCAAUAAACAAAUGUAUAAAGAAUUAGGAGCACGUGUUCCUAUUUUUACAAGUCAAAUCCGCAGUUUAGUAAUGUUAUUCCCCAUAAAUAGGGAAAAAUGAAAACGAACCCCAUCGUAGCGUUACAGGGUUCGUUCACAUGUAUGUAUGCAUACAAGGUUUCCCGGGUUUCCCACAGUUUCCCCCACUGUACAUAGUACAAUUGCUAGAAAAAGUACAAUUUUGAAUUAUCCCGCCUCGCAGAAGAAGAUUGUUACCACACGUUUUGUUUAAUUACUUGUGAAAAUAAUACUUUUGAUUGAGAAUAAAUAGAGAUGAUGCAGCCAAACGGGACAAUUACACGGACAAGUAAAUUGCAGAUUUUGGAAACAAUUUACAACCUAAUGUACAGUCGUCGAAAAUCAUGAACCAUCCUUUAGAGCAAUGAACAAAAAAAAGUAUAAAAAUGAUUUUACUCAAAUACCAUGGGUACCAGCAGUGAAAUCGGUUGAAUCUAUUGAUUGGUCAUUGUGCCAACAACAUGCUAGAAAGCAGGCAUUACCAGGUCAUUCUUGGUCAAAAGUCACAUCCAAAAAACAUUUAAAUAGGUACAUAAAAUUAUCAGAAGAUUUUGGGAGCAUAUUUACAUCAACGGUGUACCAACUUCAUAAAAAGAGGUUGUUGAAAGAUAAAGAACAGUUUAAAGCAAGCCCCAAGGUAUUUAAACAAAAACUUGCAUAUCCUCCGUUGGAGUUUCAAAGAAAGUAUAAAGGUGAGACGCAACAAGGACUUGUAAAAAAAUAUGUGCAUCAUCUACCAAAUAAUAUUAUUAGUUUGGAAGAACUAGCUGAUGGUACUUGGUUACAUUCAAAUGAUGUUCAAAAGCAAGUUUCUAAAAUAUUUAAAAGGGUUGGGAAGAUUAAGAAGUUCAAAGAUGCUAAGCGGAAGGUCUCAUCAGAAAUAGAGAAUUUUCAACAAUAUGAGGCUGAAAUGCCAAGGUCAAUAGAAGAACAAAUAGAUAGUUUCUUAAAAGAAAUCAACAAGGAACAGAAGAGAUACGCAGAAUUAGAAGAUAAUGAAAUAAUUUGUUCAAGUAGUCGUGAAACUAUGUUUACAGAAUUAGACAGUUAUGAUUAUAGUAAUCUUGAAGAGGCAAAGAAAUAUAUUACUGGUAAAUUGCGGAAACGAGAAGAUUUCAACGAAUUGCUAGAAGAUUUGAAAUCCGAAAUUAUUGAAAAUUACAAACAACGUCUCCAAUAUAUUACUCUCGAUUGUAUCCUCUUGGAGACCAGUGAAAGAAGAAGAUUACGCUUAGACAAAUCACCUGUUGAGUAUCAACUUAUUACUAUACGAGCACCUGUUCCUUGGCAUACAUCUAAAUUAAUUGCCGAGCAUUAUAUGCAGCACAAUUUGUUCAUUGGAAACGAGAUACUGAAAGAUAUUCAAGAUCUUUAUUUUUCCAAGUAUCAAGAUAUGAUGAUACUAAGACUUCAAGAUCUAGGAGACUUUCCUAUCUCGGCUUUUGAAAUGGAGGGUAGAGUAAAUUCAUUAUGCAAUGAAACAAUGAAUAAACUCACAAAAGAAUGGUUGGCAAAUAUCGCUGAAAUUUUCUUAGAAAAAAAGCAUAUUUGGUCUUGUUUGGUAGAAGAGCACCACAAAGCCUCUACUGUAUUGAUACAAAAUUAUUUUUUAAGUGUGAACACCCUACUAUCUAACCAAUUACGGAUGAUAGUAAUGAAAACGUUGCAUCAUAUCAGAGAAUUUUUUAUAGAAUACAGCAAUGGAAAUUACUUUAAGGGUGAUUAUGAGGACCUGAUGUUUUGCAAACCUCCUUUCAUAACUAUAAUAAUUGAACCAGAACUUGGAACCCCACUUUUGCACUGUAAACCAAGCAUAUCAGAAGUACAAUCAAUGAUCUUACAAUGUAUCGACAACAUCCUUAGGGUGGCAGCAUAUGUUCCAAAAAUCGAAACUCUUCUAUUUCCUGAACUGGAAUGUCGUGAUUAUCUGUUCCCUAUAUCACGAUACGAAGAGGAGGUUUCGCUAAUAAUAGCCGAUACAUUAGAAGUCCUCAGUGUACAUGCGGCGGGACCGGGACUUUACCUAAAGUGUUAUGAUGAUUUGCUGUACAUCUUAGACGGACAAGCUAAACGAAAUUUGGACAAUUUCUUCGCGAUCGAUCCAUUCCCAUUUCUGCGUGAAUUCGAGAACCGAAUAAAGGACUACGAUAAUCUCCGAAAAGAGAUCACUAUAUUUCGUUCUAAGGUCCCUCUGAACAUGAUCGAGAUUGACUGUUCAUUAGUCAACAACACCUUGAGGCAAGUCCUGCAUGAUCUUCGCAGUCAGAUUUGCGAUUAUUUUGCUGAUGAACUACGGGCCAAUAACCGUGAUCUAUGUACCACCUUCGAUACGAUAGCAGAGACCAUCUCGAAGAUGCCCGAGAAAACGCGGGAAGUGGUCGAGCUAUAUAAUUAUCUAUGCGAGAGUCGAGACUCAACCUUGUUCAACUUGAAAAGGCAACUGGCACAUUCCAUCGAAUUACUGUUGUUCUUAUUUGACUAUCAACCUCCGGCAAUGGAAGACAUCCAACUAAGUUCCCGCGCCAUCACCUGGCCAAAGGAGAUGGACACAGUGAUGGAACUAGCGAAUUCUAGAUUGAACAUGAGAAGGGAGUUCCUGGAGGAUGUGCUGCGCAUAAAAAAGGAGACUUUUGAGCAUACGAUCAAGACCAUGGAGCAGGGGAUUGAUCAGUUUAAACGGAAGGAUCCUCCGAUGCUGACAAUGUCUGAAAUGGAGGACGCAGUUAGGGAGGUGGAGCACCUCUCCGCCGGGAUGGAGGCGAUUAAAAAGGAAGCCGAGGAAAUCAACGAAGAGGAAUCCCUUUUGGAUAUGGAAUUGAGUCCGUAUAUGACGUUGCCGGCGAUGGCAAACCUCGUGAAUACAUUAGACACAGUCUGGCACACCACGUUGAGCUUCCACGUGAACUACGAUAAGUGGUACUACGGUCCAUUUGAGGGGCUAAACGCUGAUGAGAUUACAGAUAAUGUAGAGAAUGUCUGGCGGACAUUGUACAGAUUGGCGCGUCUUCUGACGGAUGUACCUGGUGCGAGACGAAUUGUGGAUACCGUCCGCGGCAAGGUAGAAAAGUUUAAGCAACUGCUCCCCGUCCUGCAGAUUAUUUGUACACCAGGCAUGCAAAAGCGUCACUGGGAUCAGAUGAGCAAGAUAGUGAAUGUGGAGAUCGAGCCUACGGAAACCAGCAGUCUGUCAGACAUGAUAGACUUAGGGUUGCUGGUCCACAUCACCAAGCUCGAGGAGAUCGCGUCCGCUGCUGUGAAGGAACACGGGCUGCAGUUAAGCUUGCAGAAGAUGAAAGACGAGUGGAGCAAUAUAUUCUUCGACCUGACCGCAUAUCGGGAGACAGGUGUCGAUAUUCUAACAGCAGUGGACGACAUACAAGUGCUUCUGGACGACCACAUUCUGAAGGCGCAGACAAUGCGCAGCUCGCCCUUUGUAAAGGCGUUCGAACAUGAGAUGCAAGAGUGGGAAGAUAAGCUGCUGUUGAUGCAGGACAUCAUCGACCAGUGGUUGGUAUGCCAGGCGACCUGGAUGUACUUGGAGCCGAUUUUCAGCAGCGAGGACAUUAUGCGGCAGAUGCCCACCGAGGCGAAGAACUUCCGGCGGAUGGACAAGAUUUGGCGCACAAUCAUGAAGUACGUAGGUGCUAAUAGACUUGUGCUAGAGGCAACUGGCAUGCCGAAAAUGCUGAACGAGUUUAAACUAUGUAACAUGUUGCUCGACGAGAUACAAAAGGGCUUGAACGACUAUCUUGAGAGGAAGCGUUUGUUCUUCCCGAGGUUCUUCUUCUUGUCAAACGACGAAUUGCUAGAGAUACUCUCCGAGACCAAGGAUCCGCAGAGAGUGCAGCCGCACUUGAAGAAAUGCUUCGAGGGAAUCAGUAAGCUACGGUUCACUAAGGAAGAGGAGAUUAUUGGGAUGUUGUCUGAUCAAGAGGAAUACGUUCCUCUGAGCGGAAAGAUAUACCCUGCAGAUGCGAAAGGUAUGGUUGAGAGAUGGCUAAGCCAGGUUGAGCAGCUCAUGGUGACCUCUCUCCGCGACAUUGCUGAAGAGAGCGUAAUCUCGUACUUCGACACCCCUAGAGCCGAGUGGAUAUUUUCUUGGCCUGGUCAGAUAGUGAUUUGUGCAAGCCAAGUACAUUGGACCAGCGAGGUUUGCGAAUCAUUCGACAAUCAGAGUACAAAUAACUAUUUAUACACGUGCAACUCUCAAAUUGAGGAGGUUGUGUCCUUGGUCAGAGGCAAGCUGGAGGCAGGAGCUAGGAUAACGAUCAAUGCGUUGAUCGUCAUAGACGUUCAUGCGCGGGAUGUAGUCAAGUUGCUCGUCGAGAAACAAGUGACAGACGCGAUGGACUUUGAUUGGAUAUCGCAGCUGCGAUAUUACUGGCUGAACAAUAGCAUCACGGUUGCGAUGAUCACAACCAGCGUAGCGUAUGCUUUUGAAUAUCUAGGUAACACCGCCAGGUUGGUGAUCACACCGUUGACCGAUAGAUGUUACAGAACACUGAUGGGAGCAUUGAAAUUAAAUUUUGGUGGCUCACCAGAGGGACCAGCAGGAACUGGUAAAACUGAGACGGCAAAGGAUCUAGCGAAGGCUGUGGCCAAGCAGUGCGUGGUAUUCAAUUGUUCGGAUGGUCUAGACUACAAGGCAAUGGGGAAGUUCUUCAAAGGACUCGCUCAGUCUGGAGCUUGGGCCUGCUUCGACGAGUUCAAUAGAAUCGACCUGGAAGUACUCUCAGUGAUUGCACAGCAGAUUCUGACCAUACAAAUGGCUAUAAGCAUGAAGCUGGAGACGUUCAUGUUUGAAGGCACAGAGCUUAAGCUGAACCCCACAUGCUACAUCAUAAUAACGAUGAAUCCUGGUUACGCCGGCCGUCAGGAGCUUCCGGACAACUUGAAGGUUCUGUUCCGUUCCGUGGCCAUGAUGGUACCGGAUUACGCCAUGAUAGGCGAGAUCACGCUGUACUCUCUUGGAUUCAUAGACGCUAAGAAUCAAGCAGAGAAAAUCGUUCACACGUAUAAACUUUGCUCCGAGCAACUGAGCUCGCAGAAUCAUUAUGACUACGGUAUGCGAGCUGUAAAGACAGUUCUCGUCGCCGCGGGGAAUCUAAAGUUAAAGUACCCAAUGGAAAACGAGUCCAUGCUGGUCCUCCGAGCUAUCAUAGAUGUAAACCUCCCAAAGUUCUUGGCUCAGGAUGUUCCAUUAUUUAAUGGUAUUUAUAAAGAUUUAUUCCCAGGCAUUGACCUUCCUCAGCCGGAUAGGGACGAGCUGAUCGAACUAGUGAAGGUGAUCUUGGAGAAACGGAAUCUGCAAUCCACACCCUGGUACAUGGAGAAGAUAGUGCAGAUCUAUGAGAUGAUCCUAGUGCGACAUGGCUUAAUGAUUGUUGGACGCACGCUUAGCGGGAAAACGAAGGCAUACCAGAGCCUAGCAGAAGCUUUAGGUGAUUUAUCUGGUAAAAGACGGGCUGCUAUGAGGGAGUACCAAACUAUUUAUAAAAUCAUCAACCCGAAGGCCAUCACUCUGGAACAACUGUAUGGCAGUUUCGACCUGGUGUCCCACGAAUGGAGCGAUGGUGUUCUAGCGAAUAUGUUCAGAGAGUUUGCUCAAUCUUUCUCGGUCGACCGCAAGUGGAUCGUGUUUGACGGUCCUGUCGACGCCGUUUGGAUAGAGAGCAUGAACACGGUGCUUGACGAUAAUAAAAAGCUCUGCCUGAUGUCUGGGGAAAUCAUAACUAUGUCGCAUAAGAUGAACAUGAUAUUCGAACCCGAAGAUCUGGAACAUGCUUCGCCAGCUACUGUUAGCCGAUGUGGAAUGAUCUAUAUGGAGCCGUCUCAGCUUGGUUGGAAAGCACUGUUUGAGUCGUACAAGAAGUAUCUGAAAGAGAAGCUGCUUCUUGAACAGUUUGAACUUGUCGUGGAAUUGGUGGAUUGGUUAACAGAAUCGAUUCUGAGCUUCAUAGAUAGAUACUGUAAAACGUUUAUACCAGUAUCAGAGCUUCAUAUGUUUCUGUCUUUUACAAGAUUAUUUACGUCAUUGCUGGACGAAGAGACGCAGGUCAGUACUGUCUGGCUGCAAUGCAUAUUAUUGUUCACUAUGAUUUGGGGCAUGUGUUCGACGCUGACCAGUGAGAGCAGAAAGUCUCUGGAUGUUUAUUUAAGAAAAGUAUUGUUGGGUAAUGACGACGAAUGUCCCAGACCAAAAUCAUUUAAAUUGUCGAAGGCGCAGUUGUUCCCUGAGAAAGGUACUAUUUUUGAAUGGAUAUACGAUAAAAGAAAUAAUGGCAGUUGGAUAUCUUGGAUGGACCCAACGUUAAUGGCUACAUUAAUACCAGAGUCAAAAUCUAGUCAACUGAUAGUGCCAACAUCCGAAGUAGUAAUCCAAAACUUCUUUCUAACAAACCUGUUAUACAGGUCAAUACCCCUCUUAUUUGUGGGGCCAACAGGUACCGGCAAGUCUGCAGUCAUUCUGGACUACCUGGUGUCCUUGAACCGAGACAAAUACAUGGAGAAUGUAAUAAACUUCAGUGCCUGCACCACCGCUUUUCAGACUCAAGAAAUGGUAAUGUCUAAGCUAGAUCGUCGAAGAAAGGGUGUUUACGGUCCACCAAUGGGAAAGAAAUGCAUUCUCUUCGUCGACGACAUGAGCGUACCACAAACGGAAAUCUACGGUGCCCAGCCACCUAUUGAACUAAUUCGUCAAUGGGUAGAUCAUGGGCAUUGGUUCGACGUAAAAGACACAACGAUGCUGUACCUGGUGGACAUGUUCUUGAUCGCUGCAAUGUUGCCACCAGGUGGUAGUUCUAACUUGGUGACGUCUAGAUUAACUCGCCACAUGCACAUAAUUGGCAUCGACGUGUUUGAGGAGGCAACCAUUUCGAAAAUCUUCUCCACGAUCCUAGAGAAUCAUUUCGCGAAGGGAUUCCCCCCGGAAGUUGCAAGAUUAGGGAAGAUGGUUAUCAGUGCCACCACGGACGUAUACUUCGCAGCUAUUCAGAAGUUCUUGCCCACACCAGCUAAAAGUCACUACACAUUCAAUCUGCGUGACUUCAAUCGAGUCAUCAAGGGCAUACUUCUGGUACCAGCCGCCAGGAUGCAGGACCCGGAUAAACUCAUCAGAUUGUGGAUCCACGAAGUGUACAGGGUAUUCAAUGAUAGAUUGGUGGACGUCAACGAUGAAGAGGUUCUGUUUAAGAUAGUAAAUCAUACCUGCUACGAACAGCUCCGACAGCCUAUGGAAAAGGUACUCGCUAGAUUUCUGCGGAACAAUGAGAAAGUGAUUAAAAGUUCGCAUAUCCGUGACCUUUUCUUCGGCAACUACAUUGAACCCGAUGCCAUUCCCAAGGUGUACGAUGAAGUGGUGGACUUGAAGGACUUACAGAAAAAAAUGGACUUCUAUCUAGUAGAGUACAACAUGCUUUCCAAGACUCAAAUGAAUCUAGUCUUGUUUAGGUAUGCCAUCGAUCACAUUUCCCGUGUCUCACGGAUACUUCUACAAGAAAAUGGUCAUGCUCUUCUAGUUGGGAUCGGCGGAUCUGGUAGAAGCUCCUGUGCCAAACUCGCAACCAGUAUGUGCGAGUAUCUGAUAUACCAGGUGGAAAUGACCAGAUCGUACGGAGUCACGGAAUGGCGAGAGGACAUGAAGAAUCUACUGCUUCGCGUAGGCUGUGAUGGGAAAUCCACUAGCUUUCUCUUCGGCGAUCACCAGAUCAAAACGGAAUCAUUCGUGGAGGACAUAAACAUGAUACUGAACACAGCGGAUAUACCAAACUUGUACAACUCCGAGGAGAAAGCCGAGAUCAUGGACAAGAUGUCGAACUUGCCCCAAGACACCGGGAAGAAAGGGGAGACCACGCCGAUGACACUCUACAACUUGUUCCUAAAAAGAGUCAUGAAGUGUCUUCACCUGAUCUUGACUAUGUCGCCGAUUGGAAACGCAUUCAGGAAUCGUCUCAGGAUGUUCCCAUCCCUCAUCAACUGUUGCACCAUCGACUGGUUCACAAUUUGGCCGGAGGACGCUUUGGAGAAGGUGGCACGGAUGUCCUUACAGAACGUGGAGAUCAGCGAAGAUCUGCGUGAGAAGUGUGUACAAAUCUCCAAGGAGUUUCAUACAAGCAUUACCAAAGCCAGCGAGGACUAUUUUAAAACACAAGGUAGGAGGUACUAUACGACUCCCACCAGUUUCCUGCAGUUGAUUAAUUUGCUGGGUAAGCUAUAUAAUCGAAAAACUCAGGAGAUAGUGUUGGGACAGAACCGUUACGAAACUGGUUUGGAGAAAUUGGACUUUGCAGCUGGCGAGAUAGCGGUGAUGAAGGUGGAGCUGCAGGAGCUGCAGCCGAAGCUGAUGGCGCAGUCCGACUUGAGUAACAAACUUAUGAUCAAAAUAGAGCAGGACACGAUCAACAUAGAGGCGAGAAAGGAAGUGGUGGCAGCUGAGGAAGCAUUAGCGAACGAGGCUGCUGCAGCAGCUCAGGCCAUAAAAGACGAUUGUGAGGGCGAUCUGGCCGAAGCCACCCCAGCGCUAGAAGCCGCUUUAGCCGCUUUGGAUACCCUCAAGCCUGCGGACAUUACUAUCGUGCGAUCCAUGAAAAGUCCACCGGCGGGCGUAAGAUUAGUGAUGGAAGCUGUGUGCGUGCUGAAGGGUGUAAAACCGGAAAAGGUCACAGACUCAGCAACCGGACAAACGGUGGAGGACUACUGGCCGGCAUCCAUAAAGGUACUCGGCGACAUGAAGUUCCUCGAGAGCCUGAAGAACUUCGACAAGGAUAAUGUGCCACCAGUGUACAUGAAGAAGAUUCGCGAUAAAUUCAUCAACGACAGGAGCUUCCAGCCAGAGGCCAUUAAGAAGGUUUCGACCGCUUGCGAGGGUCUCUGCAAGUGGGUGCGAGCCAUGGAGGUCUACGACAGAGUUAUCAAAGUUGUGAAACCGAAGCAGGAAAUGCUGGCGGAAGCGGAAGCUGCUCUGGCUUCGCAGAUGGAAGCUCUGAACGCCAAGAGGGCGCUUCUACAGGAAGUCAGCCAGAAACUGCAAGCUUUGAACGACGAAUUCGCCGAAUGUAUGCGUGAGAAGAAGAAGCUGGAGGACCAGAUCAACUACUGUAUGCAGAAACUGGACAGAGCCGAGAAGCUACUGGGCGGUUUGAGCGGUGAGAAGAACAGAUGGAAUGAAAACGCGAUCGCGUUAGGUCAGAGCUUACACAAUGUCAUCGGUGAUAUACUCCUUUGUUGUGGGGUGAUAGCUUACCUAGGAGCCUUCACAGUAGACUACAGAACCAGUCUGAUCGCUCAGUGGUACUCAUUCUGUCAGAAAAUCAAGAUCCCUUGCAGUGACAAAUUCAGUUUGAUCGAUGUACUAGGCAAACAAGUGGAAAUCAGGGCAUGGACGAUCUUUGGUCUCCCAGCGGACAACUAUUCUGUGGAAAAUGGCAUAAUCGUGAAGAAUGCAGACCGCUGGCCACUUUUGAUUGACCCGCAGAAUCAAGCGAACAAGUGGGUGAAGAACAUGGAGAAGGAGAACAAGCUAGUGGUUAUCAAGCUUACUGAUCCAAAUUACGUGAAGGUGGUUGAAACUUGUAUACAACUUGGAACACCAGUUCUGUUGGAGAAUAUUCUCGAGGAGAUCGAUGCUAUACUCGAACCAGUGCUGUUGAAGAAUAUAUACAGAGAGCGUGGCGAGUUGUACAUGAAGUUUGGUGAAAACGUUAUCGAGUACAACACCGACUUCAAAUUUUAUAUCACCACGCGCUUGCGGAAUCCUCAUUACUUGCCAGAGGUAGUUGUCAAGGUGACCUUGUUGAACUUCAUGAUCACACCGCAGGGACUACAAGAUCAGCUGCUGGGCAUUGUUGUCGCCAAAGACUUGCCUGUUCUCGAAGAGCGUAAAAACCAGCUGAUCGUAGAAGGUGCGAACAACAGGAAGAUCUUGGAAGAAGUAGAGAAUAAGAUUCUAGAAGUGUUGUCCCUCUCGGAGGGCAAUAUACUCGAGGAUGAAACAGCGAUCCAAAUACUGUCCUCUUCGAAGGUGCUGUCAGAGGAUAUUCAAGCAAAGCAGACGAUAGCUGCAAAAACUGCAAUAGAGAUUGAUAACGCUCGUAACGGAUACAUGCCCGUUUCAGAGCACGGAUCCGUCCUCUUCUUCUGCAUCUCAGAGCUGACAAACAUUGACCCGAUGUAUCAGUACUCUCUAGUGUGGUUUAUUCACCUGUACAUCAUGGCAAUAGCCAACAGCGAGCAAACAUCGAACUUGGCUGUCCGGAUAAAAAGCAUGAACACGUACUUCACUGCCAGCAUCUACAGAAACGUGUGCCGGUCCUUAUUUGAGAAGGACAAGCUAAUAUUCUCCUUUGUCCUGUGCGUUGGUCUAAUGCGUGCAGCUCAUGAAUUGGAAGAAAGUCUUUGGACGUUCUUGUUAACUGGCGGAGUAGCGUUGGACAAUCCUUUCCCUAAUCCAGAUUCGUCUUGGUUGACUGAUAGAUCCUGGUCCGAAGUAGUCAGAGCUACAAAUUUGCAAGGACUUGAGAAGCUAAAGGAUUCCUUCCAAAAGAAUACGCGCCAGUGGAAAACUUUCUAUGAUCUGUCUAAUCCCCAGGAUAAUCCUUUUCCACAACCGUUUGAUCAGGUGACCGAAGGCCUAAUUAAACUGGUGAUCCUCAGGUGUAUAAGACCAGACAAAAUCGUAGCUGCGGUACGGUCCUUUAUUAUACACCGGAUGGGACAGUUCUUCGUCGAACCUCCACCGUUUGACCUUCAAGGGUCCUACAACGAUUCUAGCAACGUGACCCCACUUCUCUUCAUCUUAUCCCCUGGAUCCGAUCCAAUGGCUGGACUAAUACGGUUUGCAGAGAACUAUGGGAUAUCCAAGAAGAAUCUUAUGACCAUAUCCCUAGGCCAAGGCCAGGGCCCUAUAGCCGCAAACAUGAUAAAUGUCGGAAUUAAAAGCGGGGAAUGGGUGGUACUCCAAAAUUGCCACUUGGCGAUUUCAUGGAUGAAAGAUUUGGAAAGAAUUUGUGAUGAAGUCAUCACGCCUGAGAACACGAAUGUCAAGUUUAGAUUGUGGCUGACUAGUUAUCCAUCCGAAGACUUUCCGAUAUCCAUUUUACAGAAUGGCGUGAAGAUGACCAAUGAGCCUCCCAAAGGGUUGAAGAACAAUUUACUUAGGAGCUACCUCAAUGAUCCUGUGUCAGAUCCGAAGUUCUAUGGUAGUUGCAGAAAGAUAGUAGAGUGGAGGCACCUUCUAUUUUCUUUAUGCUUCUUCCACGCUGUCGUCCAAGAAAGACGUAAUUUUGGACCAUUAGGCUGGAACAUUCCUUAUGAGUUCAAUGAGUCAGAUCUGCGAAUUAGUAUUCUACAAUUACAGCUCUUCUUAAAUGAUUAUGAAAAAGUGCCUUUUGACGCGCUUCUUUAUCUUACUGGCGAAUGCAAUUAUGGUGGACGCGUUACAGAUGAUAAAGACAGACGUCUAUUGAAUUCCUUACUUCAAGGGUUCUACAAUGCCGUAGUUAUCACUCAGCAAGAAUACUGUUUUUCACCAAGUUGUAUGUACCGUAUGCCUCUAAAUACCGAGCAUCAAGCUUGUGUAGCAUACAUUCGAAGUUUGCCAAUUGAUCAGCACCCCGAGGUCUAUGGUCUACACGAGAAUGCGGAUAUAACGAAGGAUAAUCAGGAGUCUAUGCAACUGCUCGAUGGAGCUUUACUAACACAGCCACAGAUUACUGGUGUUGGGGUCGAGCGAGACGUGGACGCUAUGGUUUUUAAUUUAUGCGACGAUAUUCUAUCUAAAAUGAGAUUGCCCUUCGACGUUGUGGAAGUGGCUAAGAACUAUCCAGUGCUUUACAUGAACAGCAUGAAUACGGUUCUUCGGCAGGAGCUGAUCAGAUUCAAUAACUUGUUGCUCGUUAUUAGAAACACCUUGGCGGACACGCAAAAAGCCAUCAAAGGCUUGGUUCUAAUGUCAGCAGAGUUAGAAGAGGUUUCAACGAGCAUGAGCAUCGGCAAAGUGCCUGGAGCUUGGAAUAAAAGGUCCUAUCCGUCCUUGAAACCGCUCGGAAGCUUUGUAAAUGAUUUAAUUGAGAGAUUAGAGUUCUUUCAAAACUGGAUAGACUUCGAUGCACCAAAUGUGUUCUGGAUAUCCGGUUUCUUCUUUACUCAAUCGUUCCUCACCGGCGUCUUGCAGAACUUCGCGCGUAAAAAUAAAAUUCCAAUCGACAGGGUGGACUUCGAAUUUGAAGUGACUGCAUUCGAAACCAGCGUGAACACUGCACCAUCCUAUGGAGUAUACAUAAAGGGCUUAUUUUUAGAAGGUGCUAGAUGGAAUAGAGAAGAAAAGACAAUAGAUGAGUCAAAGCUCAAAAUAAUGUUUGAUGUUUUACCAAUAAUAUGGCUACAGCCUGGUGAAAAAGCCCAAUUUAUUGCUAAAUCUGUGUAUCAUUGCCCGGUAUAUAAGACAAGCGCAAGACGUGGCGUUUUAGCUACCACUGGUCAUUCAUCCAACUUUGUUUUAUACAUUUUACUUUUGACAAUAGUUAGUGAAUCUCACUGGAUUAAAAGAGGAGCAGCAUCUUUAUGUCAACUUGACGAUUGAUAGAUCUAUAUUUAUAUGAAAAUCAAGGAGAGACAAAUAAAUAGAGAAACACACAAUAAAAAUUUGUCAAAUAAUAUAAUUGAUAUUGUAACAUUUCAGUAGUUGAUUAAUCUUACGAUCUACUUAUUGAACGGUGUAGUUACAUAUGUACAAUCUGUCUCUGUCUGUUCUGGGGCACUUCAUUUAUGAAUUUAAUCUUGAAUCUCUUAUGUGGGAUAAUGUGUAAUUCAAGACACUUAAUGAAAAAAUUGUUUAUUCAAUGAAAUUUCCAUAAGAAUAGACAGUCAAGAACAUUGUGCCAAUAAUUAUCACAUCGCUGUAUGAUAUUGAUAUUUUUUUUUAGUUGUGUAUAGUUAAAUAUAUGUACAUAUGUGUAUGUUAAA